AUGGGAGGACCAUAUGCGCCCAAAGUGGCCCAAAUAGGCGGUCAUCCGACAGUAUCUGUCGAUGUCCCAAUAUGCGCCGUCUUCCUCGCCCUAUUCAUCGCCGGCGCCGCCUCGCACAUGACCCUAUUCCGCCGCAACCUCGCUCGAGGACACAAGUUCAUCCCAUCCGCUGUAACAUUUGGUUUCUGCAUGUCACGCAUUGUCGCAAGUAUCAUUCGCAUUGCGUGGACCUGCCGAGUCACAAAUAUCAGCCUCGCUAUUGCGUCGCAGAUCUUCGUUGCUGCUGGUGUGUUGUUGCUGUUCAUCUUAAACUUGCUGUACGCACAGCGCAUGGUGCGGGCUGUCUACCCUGGGAUAGGAUGGUCUCGUCCUGUAUCAUUGGCAUUUAAGGUGGUCUAUGGUCUUGUUGCGGUUACAAUUGCCAUGGUCAUCACUGUGGUUAUUCAGAUCUCCUAUACUCUGAACACGAACACCCUCCGUAUCGAUCGUGAUAUUCAACUGUACGGUGUAACAUACUUCGCCAUCAUCUCAUUCCUGCCUAUUCCUCUGGUUUUGUUGGUUCUCCUGUCUCCGAACAGGAAGCGGAUCGAGGAGUUCGGCUCCGGCAGCUGGAUUGUCAAGGUUCUCCUUGUUACUCUUGUUAGUUCAUUGCUCUGCCUCGGCGCCUCAUUCCGGGCUGGUACUGCGUGGAUGCCUCCCCGUCCAAUCACGAACCCUGCCUGGUACCACAGCAAGGCAUGCUUCUACAUCUUCAACUUUAGCCUUGAUAUCUCUGUCGUCGCUAUCUUCUUGGUUGGUCGUGUAGACCAGCGAUUUUGGGUUCCGAAUGGAAGCUCGAAGGUUCGCCACUACAGAGGGUCCGACGAUAAUGAGAAGGAUAUGCGGACUGCAGGAGGUGCAAGCGAUCUUCGGGCGCAAGGCCAGAAGGAUCUCGAGAGCCUGAAGAGCAGUGUGUCCGGGGAUUUGGCUGAGCCAAAAUAA